CCAUGUCCUUCCUUGCUCGUUCCCCCGUUUUGCGCCAGUCCGCCGCUGCCCUCAGGGCCCCUAGCCAAGUUCGCAACAUGUCUUCUGACUAUCACCAUCUCCCAUUCAAGUACGAGUCUAAGCCUGGCACGGCUUUCAAGGUCAUCGGCGUAUUCGCUCUCGGUUUCUUCACUCCAUUCAUGGCCGCUGUCUACCAGCUCAAGAAAGCUAGUGCUGCGUAGAGUUCUUCUUGUCUUCCUGUGGUCGGCUAUACUUCUGUGCAUGUUCAUCGUUGUCGGUCGCUACAGAUUUCGCCUUGUUAUAGAUCAAUAGAAGCAACAUUUUGUAGACCAG